GUUUAACCCAGAGGCAAACAUAGAAACCCAUGCUGCAUCCAUGUUUGGGAAAAGAUAGUUAUUGCAGACAGAGGGGAUAAAACACCGACAGUGAAAGAGAAGAUGAGUAUGUUAAAACCGAGUGGGCUUAAGGCUCCCACCAAGAUCAGCAAGCCUGGAAGUGUGUUACUGAAAACGGCGGCAUCUGUCACUCCUGCCCCAUCAGAAAAGACAGCAGCCAGUGAGAAGACAUCGACUACACCUGCCUCAGAAGCACAGGAUGAGUUUGUGGAUGACUUCAGGAUCGGGGAGCGUGUUUGGGUCAAUGGGAAUAAGCCCGGCUUCAUCCAGUUCCUGGGAGAAACGCAGUUUGCUCCAGGACAGUGGGCAGGGAUUGUUUUGGAUGAACCCAUCGGCAAGAAUGACGGCUCCGUGGCUGGGCUUCGAUACUUCCAGUGCGAGCCCUUAAGGGGAAUCUUUACGAGACCUUCCAAGCUCGCGCGGAAAGUGGCGGCAGAGGAUGAAGCCAACGGUACGCAGGCCUCUUCCGCCUCUCGUGCAGCUUCGCCAACAUCCGUGUCAGCUGCGAGCCUUGUGUCUUCGCCUUCUGCAGCGGCGCACCUGCCUCCCACGGGUAUUCCCCACAAAACGUCUCCUCCUGCUGCCAAGGAGCACCCUGUUUCUCAAGUGAGCAAUCUUUCCAAAACGGCAAGCGAAUCGAUAUCAAACCUUUCUGAAGCCGGCUCUGUAAAGAAAGGCGAAAGAGAGCUCAAAAUGGGGGACAGAGUUCUGGUUGGUGGUACGAAAGCUGGUGUAGUCCGCUUCCUGGGGGAGACUGACUUUGCUAAGGGAGAAUGGUGUGGUGUUGAAUUAGACGAACCCCUGGGGAAGAAUGAUGGUGCAGUGGCUGGAACAAGGUACUUCCAGUGUCAGCCCAAAUAUGGCCUGUUUGCCCCUGUCCACAAAGUGACCAAGAUCGGUUUCCCAUCGACCACACCGGCAAAAGCUAAGACGACGGUCAGGAAAGUCAUUCCAACGCCCACAAGCUUGAAACGCAGCCCAAGUGCCUCCUCCCUCAGCUCCCUGAGUUCUGUGGCAUCAUCAGUAAGCAGCAAGCCAAGCCGUACAGGACUAUUGACAGAAACAUCUUCACGUUACGCAAGGAAGAUUUCGGGCACCACUGCGCUGCAGGAGGCACUGAAGGAGAAGCAGCAGCACAUUGAGCAGCUCCUGGCCGAGAGGGACCUGGAGAGAGCAGAGGUGGCCAAGGCCACCAGCCAUGUUGGAGAAAUAGAGCAGCAGCUGGCAUUGGCACGAGAUGGGCAUGACCAGCGAAUACUGGAAAUGGAAACGAAGAUGGACCAGUUGCGAGCCUUGGUAGAAGCUGCUGACAGAGAGAAGGUAGAGCUUCUUAACCAGCUGGAGGAGGAGAGAAGGAAGGUUGAAGACCUCCAAUUCCGUGUAGAAGAAGAAUCUAUUACCAAAGGCGACUUAGAGGUGGCCACUGUAUCGGAGAAAUCUCGGAUCAUGGAACUGGAAAGAGAUCUAGUACUGCGGGAGAAGGAAGUAACUGAGCUGCGAGCGAGAUUAGAGUCCAGUAAGCCUGUCAGCAAUGUGGAUACUUCUCUCUCGUUGCUACAAGAAAUCAGCACGCUGCAAGAGAAGAUGGCAUCGCUAAGCAAGGAACACCAGGAUGAGAUGAAAUCACUGAAAGAGAAGCUUGGGAUCAGUGAAGAAUCAUUCCAGAAGGAAAUCAAAACCUUGUUGGCAUCCAACCAAAAAAUGGUAAAAGAGAAUGAGUCCCUGAAAACAAAACUAGACGCUGCCCACAAGGAGAAUUUGGAAGGGACUGAGCUAUGGAAGUCCAAGCUGGAGUCUGCUAUUGCUUCACAUAAUCAAGCAAUGGAAGAGCUGAAGACCUCCUUCAGCAAAGGGGUUGGUGCUCAGACUGCUGAAUUUGCAGAGCUCAAGACCCAGAUUGAGAAGCUCAGAGUGGAGCAUCAGAGUGAAACAUCGAACCUGAAGCUGAAGCAAGACAACGAGAGGUCGCAUCUCAUGAAGGAGGUGGAAGCUCUCAAAGAGAAGCUGCUGGAAGCCACAGAGGAGAAGGAGAGGAGCCUGGAGGCCUUGAAAACCAAAUUGGAAAGUGCUGAAGAUCAGCACCUGGUGGAAAUGGAAGACACCCUAAACAAGUUGCAGGAAGCUGAGAUAAAGGUAAAAGACCUGGAGGGGCUCCAGGCCCAGUGCAAGGAACAAGCCAAGGCGAUUGAUAGCUUUAAAGCCAAGAUCAAAACCACCGAAGCAAAGCUCUUGGAACUUGAUGCCCUUCAAAUGGCCAAUUCUGAAGGUAAACUGGAGUUGGAGAAGCUUAGCAAGGAGCUUGAGGCAGCUGGAAAAAAGAUACAGAGUUUAGAGAAUGACAGAAAUAAUGAAAGUAGCCAGGCUGUUAGUCUAGUCAAAGAACUGCAAGAGAAGGAGAAAAAGCUUCUGGAUGUUGAAAAUCACUUGGGUGCUGUAAAUCAACUUAACGAUACUUUGGAAAAAGAGCUGGAAGAUUUGAAAGGAAAGUUUUCUAAGGCUGCUGAUGAGGCAGAAAGUGUACAAAAAUCUAUGCAAGAAACUGUUGAAAAACUAAACCAAAAAGAACAGCAAUUUGCACACAUGUCAUGUGAACUGGAUCAGCUAAAAUCCAACUUGACAGCCAUGGAAAAGAAAUUGAAAGAGAGAGAGGAGAGAGAACAGCAGCUGAUGGAAGCUAAAGCCAAACUUGAAAACGAUAUAGCCGAAAUAAUGAAAUCCUCAGGAGACAGUUCUUCUCAGCUUACAAAGAUGAAUGAUGAUAUACGGCUAAAAGAGAAGCGGCUAGAGGAGCUCCAACUUCAGCUCACCAAGGCGAAUGAGAGAGCUACUCAGCUGCAGGAAAACGGGGAGCAGACGGCAUGCAAAGCUGAACAGCAGCGAAAGGAAAUGCACGAAAAGCACCAGGCUGAGCUGCAGAAAAUGCAGGGCAAGUUAGGCAGCCUGGAGAAGGAAAUUGCAGCUAGCCAAAAUCAGUGCAAAGACCUGCAGGCUGCAAAAGAAAGAACCCAGUCCGAGAUGGCUGCCAAGCAUGAUGGAGCCAUCCAGGAGCUUAAACAAAAACUUCAGGAAACAGGACAGCUGUUGACAAAUGCACAAAAGAAGAACAGUGAACUUGAAAAACAGGCCAAGGAGUUGAAGAAGGAAGCAGAGCAUGCAAAGUCCUUAACCUCUAUGUUAGCGACAGCCAGAAAAGAGAUUGAACUAAUGUCAGACGAGAUGAGGGCUUUGAUAUCAGAGAAAGAAACCUUGGCACAGGAGGGGAAUGCUUUAAAAUUAGAAAAAGGUUCCUUGUUAUCAAAACUUGUAGAGUUGGAGUCCAAGAUUGGGUUGUUAAAACAAGAUCAGGAAAAACUUUGGACAGUGAAUGAAGAACUCAACCUGGAGAACAAAAAAAUUGCAAAAGACAAACAAGAAGCUGAAAAUAAAACCCAGCAGGAGAAAGCUAAAAACGACGAGUUGAUUUCUGAGAAAGGGAAGUUACUCUUGGAAAUAGAGGCAGCCCAGGAUGACCUCCUUAAGAUCACCAGAGAGAAUGACCUUCUGCGCACUUCAAAGGCAGCUCUCCUCCGCCAGGUGGAUGAGCUCCAGACCCAUACUGAGGCGUUGGUCGAGGAAUGUCAGAAGCACGUCGGCCAAAGAGAUGCACUAGAGGACUGCCAGAGAAGGCUUUCGGAGGAGAACGCGGCUCUUCUCAAAGACAAGGAUGACGUCAUUCAGAAGCUGAAGAGCUCUUACGAAGACAUGGCCAGGGACCAGAAGGAGCUCCUUCAAGAAGUAACUACCCUGGCUGCUGAGAGGGACGCGCUCUUGGGAAAACACUUGGAUCUCGAAAACCAACAUGUGGCUUUGAAAAGGGAAAAGGAUAGCCUGUUGCAGACCAGCCAGGACCUACAGUCGGACAAAGAGGCUCUCUUGAAAAGCCAGGCAGAGCUGCAUAAAAGCUUAGAGCAGGCGGUAGAUGAAAAGCAGAAGCUUGGCGUGAAAGCUGAAGGCCUGCAAGCCAAUCUAGAAGCAUCAAAUAAAGAACUUAAGAAGGUCACCAAAGACAAGGUGCAACUGGAGGCCUCUCGCGCCAGCCUUUCAAAGCUCUUGGAAGAGAUUAAGGCCAGUAGAGCAUCAACAGACUCCGAAUGUAUUCAAUUACUGCAAGAGAAGGAAGCCUUGACUUCAUCCGAGAGGAAGCUUUCUGGAGAAAGAGAAGAACUUUUGAAUGAAUACAAGGCCGUUUCGGAGAAGUUGGCUAAGGUCUCCGAAGAAGCUGCCCUUACUGAGAGAACACUGAAUGAGAGGCUGAGUCAGGUGAGUGCAGAGAAGGAGCUGGCUUCUCAGAAGUCCUCAAAGCUCAAGAAGCAGAAUGAGAGCCUUGCGAAGGAAAAGGCCAUUUUGGAUGCAAAAUGUGCCGAGCUCCUUGCAGAGAAGCAGUCUGCCACCAAAGCCCUGUGUGACCUGAAGAGGAAGCACGAGUUGGACAUCUCUGCCAAGAGGAUGCUGACUCAAGAGAAGGCCAGGCUCCAGGGCAGCGUCGACACUCUGAAGCAAGAGCUUGACCAAAAGAUGGAGGAGAACCAGGAGCUUGCCGGCUACAAGUGCGAGCUGAGCAGCAUCUUGAAGGAGACUCAGAGUGCCAAAACCAUCCUGGAAAACGAGUAUUCUUCCUUGCUUCAUGCCAAGCAACUGCUGGCAGCGUCAUUUAAAAGCAGUUCUUCUGAGAAAGAGAGAGAGACAGCUCGGUUGCAAGAAGAAUGCCAGCGGUUGAGUCAAGAGCUUAAGACAGUCCAUGAUAACCUGAGGAUAGAACGGGAAAGUAGGAAACUGGAGAAGGAGUCGUUUGUGGUAGAGAACAUGCAGGUUCAUAGCAGCGUCAGCCACUUAGAGCGGGAGAAAGAACAGCUCACCUUAAAAAACAAAGAGCUGUUGGCUGAGAGGGAUCACUUGAACCAGGAGAAAGUAAAAUCUGAGUCUAAACUAGAAGAAAUUAUGAAGGAAAAGGCAAUGCUUAGUGUCGAGACAGACCAACUUGCAUCCAAUAUUGAGACGCUAAAGAGUGAGUUUGCGGCACUGACCAAGUCAAAAGCAGAACUCCAGGAACUGCACAGCGGUGUCUCCAAGAUUCUGGAAGACCUCCGUUCCAGGCACGAAACGUCUGAACUGGAGCGUCUGAAACUGCUUCAGGAGAACGAGGUUCUGCUUUCCGAGCAGAAGCAUCUGAUCACCAUCAAGGAAGAAAUCUUGAAAGAGAAAGAAAAGUUCUCCAAAGAUUACUACAGACUGCACGAUGAGGUAACGCUUCUUACACAGGCCAACACUGAGAUGUCAGCUGGCCUUUUGGCGUCUCAGAACAAAAACAUGAGGCUGGAGAAAGAAAAAGAUGAGCUUGCUUUGAAACUGAGAGAAAUUGAGAGUCUUCAGGCGCACGCGGUAAUUCAAAGAUUUGAGACUGCACAGACGGCAGAAGAUGCUUUACAAAUCGUUGAGCAAGUAACCAAAGAGAAGGAUGCCCUUCAUAAAGAGAAGAUGGAAACUUUGGCCUCCCUGGAGGAUUCCAAGCAGGCCAAUCAGAAGCUGCAGAAAGAGUUGGAUACCUUUAAAGAAAACCAGCAAAAGAAUCAAUCGGAGCUUAAUAGGUCUCAGGAGCUUCUUCGCACGGAGAACAAAAAAUCAGAAGAGAUUAGAAAAGAACUAGAAGCACUAAAGCUGGCAGACGCUGAGAAGUCCCAGCAGCUUGCAGCCCUGCAAGAAGAGAACAUUAAACUUGCCGAAGAGCUCGGGAAAGGCGAAGUCACAAGUCACCAGAAGCUCGACGAAGAGAGAUCUGUCCUCAAUAAUCAGUUGUUAGAGAUGAAAAAGAGAGAAUCCAACUUUAAAAAAGAAAUUGAUGAAGAGAGAGCUAGCUUACAGAAAUCCAUCAGUAUUACUAGUGCCUUGAUUACAGAGAGAGAUGAAGAACUGGAAAAACUCAAAAAUGAGGUCACAGUGCUCCGUGGAGAGAAUGCCACUGCGAGGAAUUUGCAUUCAGUAGUUCAGUCACUGGAGUCUGAUAAGUUGAAACUUGAGCUCAAAGUUAAGAAUCUGGAACAGAAGCUCCGAGAGAGCCAGAAACCUCCCAGCUCCUCAGAUGAUACAGCCAGUGGCACCCUCCAGAAUGAAAGCAGCCAAGAAAGCCAGAUCGACUUCCUAAAUUCUGUAAUUGUGGACCUUCAAAGGAAAAACGAAGAGCUGAAAUUGAAAGUGGAAAUGAUGUCUGAGGCAGCUCUCAAUGGCAAUGAGGAAGAAGUUAUUAAUUAUGACAGUGAGGAAGAAAAUCAAGUCAAGAAGAAACCUCGCCUUUUCUGUGACAUUUGUGAUUGUUUCGAUCUCCAUGACACUGAAGAUUGUCCAACUCAAGCACAGGCACCGGACGAACCUCCACAUUCAACGUACCACGGCAGCCGAAAAGAAGAACGCCCCUAUUGUGAAAUCUGUGAAAUGUUUGGGCACUGGGCUACAAACUGCAAUGACGACGAGACCUUCUGAUGCAGGAGAGGACCAGGGAAGAGACACCUUUGCUCUGUGCAUUAGCAGGACGACGACGUCCACCGCCAGCAUUCGAGCAGGCCGACAUCAGGAAGAAGGGGGCUAAGCAGCACCCUUGCCCUCCCGAACGUCUUCACAAACAACAGACUUACAGAUAUAUUUUGAUCUUCCACACCCAAAUACUUUAUUCUGCCCUUGCUAAGCUAAAAUGAAAAUAAAUAAUUUACUAGGCAGAUUGCUGCCAUUUUCAUUUCCAAACUUCUGGGUUUGUAUGAUCUUUGAAGAGAAACUUCCCGUACGCCAUGUCAUUUACCUAUGGGGGGUGGGGGAACCACAACUAGUUAUGUUUUAGCUUAUUUAAAGACCUUUAAAAUUAUGCUGUUAAUUUUCAUAUUUGCACUAAGCUCUUAAAGCUGCAGUUGUAUGUUUUUCGAUUUUGUAAAGCUUUCGACACUGGAAUGAGUUAAGAGAUGAGCUCUUUUUUAAAUUAUUUUCAUCUGCUCAGUUAUCUCUUGAUCAAAGAACACGUGAGCUCUGGUGCGCUACCUAGAGAUCAGUAGUGCCUUUAUUUCAGCAAGAUUUCUUAACAGUGUGAAAUUUUGUUUAUUAAAAUAUCAUGACACAGGUAAGCGAACAAGCUACUGUGGGGAUACCUUUUAUAAAGAAACCUCUAUGCUGUGCACAUUGAUAACAUCCCUUUCCAUGGUCUUUCAGCUUCUGUAGAGUUGUACAUAAGUACAUAUAUAAAUAUAUUUAAGAAAAGAUUUAUAUUUUGGAAAAGUAUCUUAUUGUCUUUAGUGCUUCUGUUCAUCUGAACUCCUCAGAGGACCUUUGUGCACAGCACAGUAACUUGAUUUUAUGACUUUAAAUAGUCUCACUCUUGGGAGAUUUUUUUUUCCUUUCUGACUGUGGGUUUUUUUGUGCAUGUACAAAAAAAAUCUUCCAGCAAAUUUGUAUCCUGUAACAGGUUUUUAUUAAAAGUCUAUUCAGAAAUCAAGACUUUUUUGAUGAAUAAGUGAUUUAUUUAUUUCCCCUUUGGUCUGACUUUUGUUCCGGAUGAAUGUAAAACAGAAAAUUCAGUAUUUAAUAAUUGUGGAUUUUCUAAGAAGCAAAAACCUUACAAGAAAUGAAAAUGUAAAACAAACAGAACACACUGUUAUGGGUGAAACUGUGCCAUGCUUAUUUUAAUGCAUGUGAAGUUCCUGAUGAGAUUACUCAGUCAUGGAGUUGAUGAAGUGUGUACUGCAUAAGGUGAUACCACAUAAGCUGGCUUAGAUCUCUCUACUUUUGAAUGUCUCAAACACAAAUGUAAAAAAGAGAGAAAAAGUAUAUAUUCCAUGCUGUUUGUACAUUAUAGAGGAAUUUAACUCUUGUAUAACUGUAUAUCUAUAUCUAUAUAUGUCUUUCUAUAUAUAGAUAGAUAUAUGCGCCUCUGGUGUAUUUUUCCUCCAGAUUACAGACAGUAUUUGGCAAAUGAGUAUAAAGUCAAUCUAAUGUAAUUGUUUGAAAUUUGGAGUAAUGAAUGUAUUAUAGGGAUAGUUAAAGCAGGGAAAUCAGUAUUAAACUAAACGGAGUGUACUGUAUCUUUAAUAAAAUGGUUAUUCUCUUGUCA